CCGGCUUUUGAAACGCUUCUUCAUCGACAUUUGUUUGUUUUAUUUUCCUUUCCGUCUUUUGCGGUCCGACGUUAUUUUCAUAAUAAGAAAAAGACAGAAAAACGAGAAAAUUUGUGAAGAAGAAAGAAGAAGUUGGCUCAUAGUUUCGGUUUGAUAAAUGUAGUUCUCUCUUUCUUUUUUUGUUAUUGUUGUGUUAUUACUGUAAAGAAAACGCAUGCCGUCAUCGAACGCGAAAAAAUCAAAAUCAAAAAUCGAAAAAUAAAAAACAAAUCGAACGAAAGUCUAAAAAUUAUACUUUCGAAUGCGUCGAACGCACAAAGCUAAUCGUUGAAAUUUCUUUACGCUAUUUUGUAGUUGUUUUUUGAUACAACUGUGGUGGACCAUCGCCCCACCACCUGGCCGCUCCCGCCCCCUCCACGCACGAAACCCUUUUGUUGGCAUCGCGCGCCGUGGCCGUCGUGCUCAGGCCCUGUGUUUGCGUUAAGCAAGCAAUCAAGCGAGCGUUUAUUGUUGUCAGAGUCGGUUUCAACAUCAACAUCAUCACUGUCUUCAUCAUCAUCAUCCUCUUCUUUGCCGUCUUCAGCUCUUCUUUUCUGGGAUUUCAAUGAAAAGUGUAUGUUUGAAGGUAGACGACACCAGCAACAACAAUAACGAAAAAGCAUGAGAAAGUGAAAUUUUUUGGUCUUACGAUCCGAUUGACGACCAGCAGCGACCAACGACCAGUAUUUAUAAAAACUAUGCGCGUUCAACAAGUAUUUCGACGAUCUGAAGCUUUGUUUGUUUUUUUCCUUCUCCUCCUUCUUUCUUUCGGUCUGUGAGCUGAUUGUGUUGUCGUGUGUUACGGAGAAAUUUCUUUCCCUCGACGAGAAUUUGUUUUUGUGUUUUUUUUUUUGUAAUGUGAAACAGCAGAAACACGUCUCAGAAAAAUUCCAAAAAAUAAAAAAUAUUUAUUCGAAAAAAAUUGAUAUAAAAUUCGAAAAAAAAUUCAAUCAAUCUAUCCGUGAUUCUUUUUUCAGUGAAAACGAAAGCCAAAAAGCAAAACGAAAUUCCAAAAAAAAAAGAAAAAAUAAAAUAAAAAAAUCAAUAUUCCAAACGAAAGAGAACGUCAAUUUAAAAUUCUAAGAAAGUGACAAUGUUGGAUUUCUAAACGAUUUGAUUUACACAAAAAAAAAAACAUCUGCAGUAUUGAAAAGUCGAAGUACGUAUUUGUGAAGCUUUCUCAUAUUUCCCCAUUAGAAUUCAUGAUCUAAAAGCCCGAUUAUUUUAAAACAAUUCGAUUGAAAUUAUUGUUUACGAAAAUGGAUAAAAGCUCGAAGUCAACAGGAAUAGUAGCAACGUUUUUGAGUAGUUGAUGACCGCAAGUAAUCCCAGUGGAGGUGUAAUAAAACAUUUAAAAUAAAUAAAUAACUUAAUAACAAACUAAUAAUAAUACAAAACCAAAUACGAAAAUAAAUUACUAAACUAGUGCAAAUAUUAAUUAAUUAAUUAAUUAACUAAUUAUUUUUUAUAGAACAAAAUAAAAAUCGCAAAACAUAAAAAACAAAAUCAACCGCUUCCAAUAACUUCCAAAGCUUUUUACAAAAGAGAAAUUAUUAAAAAAAAAUAAUAUUUUUUAAAUACAAAAAACAAAACGCACGCACAUACAUCAACAUUUCUUUGUAAUUAAAACUUAAAACGCUUCUUCCUAAUUCAAUUAAAAUAAAGAAAAAAAAUUAACAUAAAAUCCAUUAAAAUUUGUUAAAACAAAAAAUAAUUAUAUAUUUUUUAAAAAGUCUAAAACAAAAAUAUUGUGUAAAUGUUUAAAGCGUUGUGCAUAUUACAAUAUUCAAUUAAACUAAUAAUUUUUCAAACUACUUAGACGCGAAAGGCAAUUAAAUUAAAUAAAUAUUUUUUGCUAACCCAAUUUGAUCCUGCAAGAAAACAUAACAAAACCAACAAACGAAACACUCUUACAACACAAUACCAUCCAUCUCUAGAGCCAUCCAUCCAUCCAUACCUAGCAGUGAUUUGCAAAUCAUACCAAAAUGUCAGAGAAUACUUCGAACACCAAUACCAACAACAACGCCACCAGCAACACCUCAAAUUCAAGCAACACCAACAGCACCACCUCCAUCGCCGCCGCGGGCGCCGUGAGUUCGUGCAAUGGUGUUGGCCCCUCCACCGCCAUGAUGAACGGUCACAUCGGCACACACUUUACGUCGAAAAACAAUUUCGAAAAUUAUAGCGGUUCAAAAGACACGUAUCUGUCGAUACCACAAUUCUAUGCCGGCCGUAGUGUAUUCAUAACCGGUGGAACUGGUUUUAUGGGCAAGGUCUUGGUUGAAAAACUUUUACGUUCAUGUCCAGACAUAAAAAAUAUAUAUUUACUGAUACGACCCAAGCGAGGACAUGAGGUAUCACAGCGUCUCAAUGAGCUGCUGGAGGCACCGCUUUUUGAAAAAUUGAGAAGAGAAAAACCAAAGGAUUUGAGUAAAGUAAUUCCUAUAUCGGGCGAUAUUACAUCCGAAGAAUUGGGUAUAUCUGAAAGUGAUCAGGCUCUAUUGUGUCGCAAUGUCUCGAUUGUAUUCCAUUCAGCUGCCACUGUUAAAUUCGACGAAAAGCUCAAAUUAUCAGUUACAAUCAAUAUGUUAGGGACAAAGCGUUUGGUUGAGCUCUGCCAUCGCAUGAUGUCCUUAGAUGCACUAAUUCAUGUAUCCACUGCCUAUUGCAAUUGCGAUAGAACCGAAGUAUCUGAAGUUAUAUAUGCACCACCCUAUAAUCCCGAUGAUAUUAUUUCCCUAGUAAAUUGGCUUCCGGAAGAUACACUCGAUAAGCUUACCCCCUCAUUGAUUGGUGAUCGUCCAAAUACUUAUACAUUUACAAAAGCCUUAGCUGAACAUAUGCUACUCAAAGAGGCCGGUAAUCUUCCAGUUGCCAUUGUGAGGCCAUCUAUAGUGACUGCCAGCUUAAAUGAACCCUUUGCCGGUUGGAUUGACAAUUUAAACGGUCCCACCGGCCUCUUGUCGGCCAUGGCCAAGGGCAUCUUCCGCACCAUUGUCUGCGAGGAGAAUUGCAUUGCCGAUGUGGUACCUGUUGAUAUUGUGAUUAAUCUGAUGAUAACGGCCGCCUGGCGCACAGCAUCCCACAAAACUGAUAAUUUAUUAAUCUAUAAUUGUUGUACCGGCCAAAGACAUCCCAUCACGUGGGGCAAAUUUGUUAACUAUGCCGUUGAUCAUGUGCGCAAACAUCCAUUGGAGGGUUGUGCUUGGUAUCCUGGUGGUUCGCUACGCAAUAGUCCCACAAUAAAUGCUGUCAAUGCUUUUGUUGUACAUUAUAUACCAGCCUAUAUAUUAGAUGUUAUGGCGCGAUUAGUUGGCAAAAAGCCAAUUUUUGUCAAAAUCCAAAAUAAAAUCGCCAAAGCCGUUGAAUGUUUGAACUAUUUCGCCACCCAUGAAUGGCAAUUCAAGGAUGACAAUGUGUGCGCCUUGCUGCAGACCCUGAGUCCAAAGGAUCGCGACAAUUUUGUGUUCGACGUGACCACAAUUAAUUGGGAGAAAUAUAUGGAACGAUAUGUGUUGGGCUUCAGAGAAUUCCUGUUCAAACAGAAACCACAAUCAUUACCUGGCAGUCGGAAAAAGAUGAUGAGAUUAUAUUAUAUCGAUCUAUUAACAAAAGUUUUUAUGGUCAUUUGUACUUGGCGUUUCCUGAUGUCACGUUCAAAACGUUUGAAUGCCGUGUGGUCAUCGUUUUUACAAAAUAUUUUGAGAUUUGUGCGUCUUUUGCCAUUUUUGUAAUAUAAUUUAUUUAGACAACAACAAUAACAAGAACAACAACAACAACCAGAAACCACUACUCAAUUAUAAACUAUAUUUUUUUGUUUGGGGAAAUAAUUAAGAGUAAAUAACUUUAUAUUUACAACAAAAAAAAAAUACACUCACACAUACACACAGAGACAUACAAAACAAAUAUGCAGAGAUACAUGAUUAAGCAUCUAGUGUAUAAUUAUUGAAUGAAAAAAAUAAAUAAUUAUUUUUAAUAUUAUUUGUUUUUAGUUAUAUACAUGCAACCAUCUAUAUAUACAACAAAUAUAUAAUUUUAUUUGUUUAUGUUUUUCGUUUGUAAUUUUAAUUGUCACAUAUUUAAAUAAUUUUUUAAUUUAUAAUUGUUUUAUAUACAUACAACCAUACCAUACCAUACUUGAGGACAGAGCUAAUAAUAUUUUGUAUUUAUAUAUGAAAAAGUAAAUAUUUACACAUAUACAAACAUUAUAUUUAUAUAUAAAUAAAUAAUGUAAAAUUAUUAUUAUUUUUUUUUUAAUUUAAUUAAAUAUACAUACUUUUGUUUUGAUUAUACAUUAAAACAUAUAUAUAUAUGAACCCAAUAUUUUAUUUGUCUUAUAUACAUAUAAAUAGUUUUGUUUGUUUAGGUUAAUAAUUAAAUUAAGAUUUUUGUUUUUUGUAAGAUUUUAGCAAAAUGUGGUGGGAUCGAGUGAUUUCAAACUAAAAAAUCCGAAAAUACUUUAACACAUAUUUUUGUAAUAAUUUUCUGGAUAUUUGGUGGUUGAGUGGUGGAGAAGAGAGCCGGAUGAGAGUAAUGAAGAGAGCAUUUUGAUUAUUUGUACAGUAUGAAUUAUGGAGUUAUUUGCUAUAUGACACCUACUUUUAGGCUCGGUAAAGAAGAGAUUAUCAAUUAAUUGAAAAAGUGAAGCCCACUUUCACGCGCUUGAAGACAAUUUAAGGAGUUUAAAAGUUAUUUAAUUGUUCAUAGUCUUAGUUAUAAGACAUUAAGGAGCUAGCAUUUUUGAAUCGUGGUUCCUAUGUGUGCAAUUUGGGAACUUUUAGUGUACAGUACCAAUUUGCUAUGUUACUAGAAGAUGAAACAAAAAUUGCGAUUUAUAUUCCCGAAACACGACUAUCACCACGAUAUGAAGAAUAUCUAUUUUUUUCUACCGCAAGUAUUCAGAAACCCCAGCCUAUGAUAAGCAAACUUUUAUAUUUAUGCAAAGAAAUACUGGUAUUUAUAAAACGAUUAACCUACUCUGUACGCUUUGAGAAAAAUAUCAUUCCAUGCAAAAUCUUCUUUUCCGCACAUCGGUAUUUAUGAAAAAUUAUAAGAAUCUUAAAAAAUGCUGCACAUAGAACUUUUGGUGUACUGUACAAAUAUGAGUCAAGACUUUAAUGGAAUGACUUUCCUUUUAGGUAACAAGAGAGCUUUUCGCCUUUGUAAGCUUUAAAGUCUGGGGUAUUUUUUAUAAAAUACUGUCCUCUACAUAAAACUCUUUUAAUCUUCUCGAUUUAAAACUGCGCACGGAUUUUCUUUUGUACUGUACCAACAUAGGUCAUAUUUCGUGUAUCAAAAAUUAGUUUGAUCAUGAUGAGCAGCAGCACAUUAUCUUGUCACCAAAAAAGAGCUCUACCGAAUAUAAAACUGUUUUUGUUUUACAAAACUGCGCAAAUAAUUCUCCGUGUGCUGUACACAUAUAUCAAUUGAUUUCAGUGAUUAGAAUAUGUUUUCCGAAAGGCAUGAGCACUACUAUCCUCUGAGAAAAAAAUAUGUCUAGAGUGUAUACAUAUUUCAGAGAAAAACUGGUUUGGAACUAAAAUUUUCAGUUUCAAACUUGCGCAAAUGGCUUUGGCCAUACUGUACAAAUAUACAUAUGCAUUCGAAUUAAAUAAGUAUUUUUCUAAGAAGAAAAGACCAUUACCCUUCUGUUUGAAAAAAUUAACUUGUUGUUCACACAUAUUUUUUCAAAAACAAAGCUCUAUAAUUCAAAAAAUGUUAUAUAUUGUUCCAAAAAUUGCGCAACAGAUUUCGGUUGUACUGUACAAGUAUAUCAAUGGAUUUUAAUGCAUCGAACUAUUUUCCUGAAGGACAAGACCAUUACCUUUCCCUCAGAGCAAAAGUACUUGUUAUUGGCCCUCUUAAUUCUGUGAAUAACUUUGUCAGAUACAAAAUCUCGUUUUUUAAAACUGCGUAAAGUAUUUUGGCUGUACUGUACAGAAACACGAAUGGGUUAGAAUACAUCGACCUGUUUUCCUGGAAGACAAGACCAUUAUCUCUCCCUCAGAGCAAAAGUACUUCUUAUCGGCAGGGUUAUUUCGGCGAAAAAACUUUGUAAAAACAAAGUCCAAUUUUUUCAAAACUGCGCAAGGUAUAUUUCCUGUACUGUACAAGUUUACGAGUUUACGGGAAUGCAUUGAACUAUUUUCCUGGAAGUCAAGACCAUUAGCAUCCCCUGUGAGUAAGAUUACUUUUUUUAUGUACAUAUAUUUCAUUAAAAUCUAUGCCAGAAGCAAAAUUUUUUACUUUCAAAACUGGGCAAUGAAUUUUGGCUGUACUGUACAAAUAUACGACUUGAUUCUAAUGAAAUGAGUUAUUUUUCUUGGCGAAAAGGCCAUUAUCCUUCAUUGAGGUCAAAAAUACUUCUAGUUUCUACAAAUAUUUCCUUAGAAAUCUGUGAAAUAGAAAGAUUUUUUUAAUUCACUCACUUUUAGAAAAUGUGCAAUGAAUCCCACCUGUAAUGGACAUAUAGGUGGCUUGAUUUAGGUCCAGUGACUUAUUUUUUUAAAGUCUACAUCAUUAUCAUUCCCUAAGAGAAUAAUUCUCACAGAAAAAAAUCAUAUUUUAAACGAGGUCUCUGUAAAAUCAAAUCUCUUCAACGUAAACACUGCGCAUAAUAUUUGAGGCGUACUGUACAAACAUACGAAUUGAUACUAGUGUAAUAAAAUGUUUUUUUUCUGGAAGGCAGUGCCACCAGUUUUGUCUGUGACCUUACAUUUUAAGAAAAAUCUUUGCCAAAUAGGAAAAUCUGCAUCCUGCAUCAGAUUAGAAAAUGUGUUACAAAUUUCAGCUGUACUGCAUAUGAAUUAAUAUGCUUCGAUAAUGAAAAGAUUUUUGCUCAGCCUCCAGUUUACUCUGAAAAGCUCAGUAAGAGGAGGAAAGGAAGCUUUAAGAGAAGUAUAGAUAACUUUGUCAAUCUAGUGAUAAUUGCGAAUAUAGCUAAGGAAAGGCUCUAAUACUGAAUUUUAAAGCUUUUUUAGCUACAAAUAGUGUAUAAUAAUCCAAGUUUGCACACAUGAAUGUCUGUCAGCGAUUGCCUUCUCGAAUUUGAGUAACAAACUGUUGAAAUUCUCUCUUCAUUAUUUUAUUUCGAAUUAGGACUUUCAAUCAAGCUCAGCCACCUUAGAACUAAUCCUAAUGGAAGUUUUUAGUCACAAUAUAGAUAUCAAGCUACAAUAUUUUUCUUCUCUUGUCUCUUUGUAUCUUUUCCUCCUUUUAAUCUCUUUUAAUCUUUAUUUCCACACCUUGUCCCAUGACAAAAGAAAAACAAAACAACCAACCAAUAACUAAACUAUUUUCUCGCUUAUUGUUUAUUUCGAAACUAUAAACAAUAAUAAUUAAAAACAAGAGCAAAAGAAAACUGUGGAAUAAAAAUCACAACAAAGCAAUUCUUCUUAAAACUAUUUCUAAAAUUACAAUCUAAUCUGUAGUCAUUUACAACAACAACAAAAAAUAAUAAGUUAAAAAUUCAAAAAAAAAGAAAAAAACAACUACCAAGAAAAAGGCAUAAAACUUUAGUGCAGUUUUUAUUAUUAAAACAAAAAACUAAAAAACAAAUUAUAUAUAUAAAAAAAAUUAAAAAUAAUAAUAAUGCUUAUUGUUGCUUUAAACAAAAUAUAUAGUAAAAUUACAAAAAAACCAACAACAAUUAUAAACUAACUUAAUUGGUAUUAUAAAUAACAAAUAAUUUAUAAUAAAAAAAUAAUUAAUAAUAAAGAGAACAAAAACAAACAUAAAUUUAGUUUAAAAAUUUUUACAAACGUUAUUAUUAAACAACAACAACAAAAAAAAACAAAAUACGCUAAUUUAAUUUAAUAAAACAAAAAUACAAAAUGACAUUUGAAAAUCAUUAACAACAAAAUUCAGUCAAAGUCAACCGCAACAAACAAAACCAAUUACAACAACAACAACAUCCAUUAGAUUUAUUACAGUAUAAAGAAGAAGAAGAAGAAAAAACAAACAAAGAAACAAUACAAAAACAAAUUAGGAAACAAAACAAAAAAAACUACAAAAAUUACAAAACAUAAAACAAAACUAAUUUAAUUCUAUUAUUUAAUAAAGAAAAUUGCGUAACAAAAACAAGAACAACAAAAAAAGACAUUAGUUCUUUACAGAAAUACAACAACAACAAUGUAAUAAUGAUAAUUACAAGUAAAGGUGAAAAAAAUAAAUAAAUAAAUUUGAAAAAUAAAAAUA